CUUUGCUUAACAUUCACACUUCUCUUCAAACUAGAAACCAUAGAAUCUCAACUUAUCCAUUACCUUAAACAACUAUUACAACAUCACACAUUAAUUAAUGUUCACAAUGACCAAAGUUGCCUUGAUUUUUCUCAUGUUAACACAGAUCUUCUUGGUAGCCAUGGCACAUGAGGUGUACUCUGAGGCACCAUUGGAGCUCAAAAAUCAAACUCAAGUCCAUCCAAGUUAUCACAAGAAUGACACAAUUGCUAACUCCACAGGGAAAAUUUCAUCAAAUGAAGAGGGAAAAAGAGAAUCUAAAGCUGAGGGACCAGAUAUUAGAAGGAUGGGAAAACAUCAUUCAUCUGACAUGGCUGGUGGAGGUGUAAUCAUAGGUGGUCUAGUUACUGCAACUUUUGCUGUUGUCUUUUGCUACCUUCGUGUUACAAGGAAAAAGGAUGAUGGUGGUGGUGGUGUUCACUGAAAUGCUCUGUUUCAAUUCUUUGCUCUUUUUGAUGUAUACAUUUUAGGAUUAGUUUAGGGACUAGGAAGAAAAUUGUGAUUUGAAACAAAUGCUAUGUUUGAAGGACUUUGGGUUUAUGGUGCGGUCGACAACAUAACGUUAUAUUAAAAUAUAUUUUUAAUUUAACGAUUUGCAGUCGAUUGCACCAUAAAACAAGUCACUGAUGAUAUAUUCGAGGAUUGAAAUAUGAUGUUCAUAUAUUGUAUUGCAGAUACCAUUUGGUAUUGUUUACAUUAUACUACUAUGUAGGGAAUAUAUGAAAUUCAUUUUAAGAUUUUUGUU